GUACAGUUGAGAGUAAAGCCUACAUUCACUAUGAGUUUACAGUUUCCAAUAAUGUUCUUCAAAUGAAUGCUAUAAACAGCAAUUAUGCUGAUCCAAACAACUUGAAAUUUGAAGAAAUCAAGAUACUGGGAGCGCUCCAGGAAAUAACAGCAGUUAUUGUAUCUCAGAACAAUGUUGUGGAAAAUUCCCCACUUAAUAUCACUUAUUAUCCUCUAGAAAAGGUUGCUCAUAUAACAGGACUUCAGCUUGAACUGGGAAAAUCUUACACGGUAAAAUGGACUCAACAACUGAGUGUCAAUGAAAGGUUUAAUUGUUAUCCCAGUCCUAAUCCAACACAAGAAAAAUGUGAACAACUUGGCUGCAUCUGGGAACAAGUAACGUCAAACUUGGAUAUUCCACCCUGCUAUUACAGCUCUGACAAUGCUUACUCUGUAGACAAAGUAGAAUACACCUCAUCAGGUUUGGCAGCCAACCUCACCUUAAAUAGUACCAAGACCAGAGCUAAUGAGAAUUUCACUACACCGAUUAGUACACUCCGCUUGGAGGUGAAAUAUCAUCUCAACCACAUGCUGCAAUUUAAGAUUUAUGAUUAUCAAAAUGCACGAUACGAGGUUCCGGUACCACUAAAUCUCCCAAGCUCCCCAACGAGCACGGACAAGGAAAGACUCUAUGAAGUAUCAGUUCGGAAAAAACCAUUUGGUAUACAGGUUCAGCGCAAAAGCACAGGAACAGUCAUCUGGGAUUCACAGCUGCCCACCUUCACGUUCAGCGACAUGUUCAUUCAGAUUUCUACCCGCUUAGCAUCCCAGUAUAUAUAUGGAUUUGGAGAAACUGACCACACCAUGUUUCGACGUAACAUGAGCUGGCACACUUGGGGAAUGUUCACAAGGGAUCAGCCUUCUACUUACAAGUUGAAUUCCUAUGGUUAUCAGCCAUUUUACAUGGCUCUUGAAGAAGACGGCAAUGCCCAUGGAGUUCUCUUGCUUAACAGCAAUGCAAUGGAUGUGACGUUCCAGCCGACCCCUGCCCUGACGUACCGCACCAUUGGAGGAAUUCUCGACUUCUACAUAGUUUUGGGCCCAACACCUGAACUUGUUGUUCAGGAGUACACUGCACUUAUUGGACGACCAGUCAUGCCACCCUACUGGUCUUUGGGGUUCCAGUUGUGUCGUUAUGGAUACAGGAAUGACUCAGAAAUCGCCCAGCUGGUGGAGGGCAUGAAGGCGGCUGGGAUUCCCUAUGAUGUUCAAUAUGUAGAUAUUGACCAUAUGGAAAGGCAACUGGACUUCACCAUUGGCACACGUUUUGCUGGAUUACCAGCUCUGAUUAACAGAAUAAAAGAAGAAGGAAUGAGAUUUAUCAUUAUCCUGGAUCCAACCAUCUCUGGAAAUGAAACCAAUUAUCCUACUUUCUCAAGAGGUGUGCAGGACGAUGUCUUCAUAAAAUGGCCCAAUACCAAUGACAUUAUAUAUUCCAAGGUUUGGCCAUUUCUUCCCAAUGUACAAGUCAAUGAGUCACUGCCCGAGCAAACCCAAAUACAGAUCUACGGAGCACAUGCUGCUUUUCCAGACUUCUUCCGCAAUUCCACAGUGGGGUGGUGGAAGAGAGAAAUCCUGGAGUUCUACAGCAAUCCCACCAACCCCUCGAGAAGCAUCAAGUUUGACGGCCUGUGGAUUGACAUGAAUGAACCAGCAGCUUUUCUGAACGGAGCCAUUGAUGGUUGUAGAAAUGACCUCCUAAAUAUGCCACCAUAUAUACCUCAUUUGGGCUACCGGUCAGACGGAUUAACUGUCAAAACUCCAUGCAUGGAAGGUCAACAAUAUCUUCCAGAUGGUACCCCUGUUAGACACUACGAUGUCCACAGUCUGUAUGGAUGGUCACAAACAAAACCUACCCUAGA